GGGAAGUGGGUGCGGAGUGACCGCGGGAGCCCGAGUGCCCGGCGCGGGGCUCGGUGACAGCGGAGGCGGCGGCCGCGGGCUGGAGCGGCGGCAGCGCCGACGGCAGCUGGAAGGGCGGACGGGGAGGGCCUCCCCGGUGGCACUAGCUGGAGGAGGCCGGGAGGGGGCGGCAGGCGCAGCUCGCGGGCCGGACACCUGAACUUGGGACAAGUUGCCAGAGCUGCGGGGCGCGAGUGGCGGACGGAUUGACCUUCAGAGCUAGGGAGCCAGUGCCAGCAGGCGCCAUGGCCUCGCGCAUUGGGCUGCGCAUGCAGCUCAUGCGGGAGCAGGCGCAGCAGGAGGAGCAGCGGGAGCGCAUGCAGCAGCAAGCCGUCAUGCACUACAUGCAGCAGCAGCAGCUGGGGGGACCCUCCACCCCCGCCAUCAACACCCCCGUUCACUUCCAGUCUCCACCACCGGUGCCCGGGGAAGUGCUGAAGGUGCAGUCCUACCUGGAGAACCCCACCUCCUACCACCUACAGCAGUCCCGGGACCAAAAGGUGCGGGAGUACCUGUCCGAGACCUACGGGAACAAGUUUGCUGCUCACGUCAGCCCUGCCCAGGGCUCCCCCAAGCCCCUGCCAGCUGCCUCCCCUGGGGUGCGGGCUGGACACGUGUUGUCCUCCUCCACUGGCAACAGCGCUCCCAACAGCCCCAUGGCCAUGCUGCACAUUGGCUCCAACCCGGAGAGGGAGUUUGAUGUCAUCGACAACAUUAUGUGUCUGGAUGAUGUCCUGGGCUUCAUCAACCCUGAAACUCAGAUGCCCAACACGCUGCCCCUGUCCAGCAGUCACCUGAAUGUGUACAGCGGUGACCCCCAGGUCACAGCCUCCCUGGUGGGCGUCACCAGCAGCUCCUGCCCUGCCGACCUGACCCAGAAGCGAGAGCUUACAGACGCUGAGAGCCGGGCCCUGGCCAAGGAGCGGCAGAAGAAAGACAAUCACAACCUCAUUGAAAGGAGGCGGAGGUUCAACAUCAAUGACCGCAUCAAGGAGCUGGGAAUGCUGAUCCCCAAGGCCAAUGACCUGGAUGUGCGUUGGAACAAGGGCACCAUCCUCAAAGCCUCUGUUGAUUACAUCCGGAGGAUGCAGAAGGACCUGCAGAAGUCCCGGGAGCUGGAGAGCCAUUCUCGGCGCCUGGAGAUGACCAACAAGCAGCUCUUGCUCCGCAUCCAGGAGCUGGAGAUGCAGGCCCGAGUGCAUGGCCUCCCCACUGCCUCUCCUUCGGGCAUGAACAUGGCUGAGCUGGCCCAGCAGGUGGUGAAGCAGGAGCUGCCCAGCGAGGAGGGCCCAGGGGAGGUCCUGCUGUUGGGGGCUGAGGUCCCUGACCCUGAGCCAGUACCCAUCCUGCCCCCCCAGGCCCCGCUGCCCCCGCCAGCCCAGCUACCACAGCCACCAUCCCCAUUCCACCAACUGGACUUCAGCCACAGCCUGAGCUUUGGGGGCGGGGUUGAUGAGGGGCCGCCAGGCUACCCUGAACCUCUGGGGCCAGAGCACGGCUCCCCAUUCCCCAGCCUGUCCAAGAAGGAUCUGGACCUCAUGCUCCUGGACGACUCACUGCUACCACUGGCCUCUGACCCACUCUUCUCCACCAUGUCCCCUGAGGCGUCCAAGGCCAGCAGCCGCAGGAGCAGCUUCAGCAUGGAGGAGGGCGAUGUGCUGUGACCCUGGCUAUCCCCAUACUGGGGAACAGGGACAGGCCCAGGGGCUGGGAGGGCCAGGGCCACCUCCCUCCCACCCUGCAGGAUGCACUUGUGUGUGAAGUAGCCACCUGCCCUGCCUCACUCCUCCCUGUCAGCCCUCUGUUUGGACUUAGUGCCUGCUUGGCAGCCUGCAGCAUUGGGAGAAGCCCCCUGCCUGGUUCAGUACCCCCAGGGGCAGCCCUCUUGAUGGGGCUGAGCAGGAAUAGGCCUUCAACUGGCUCAGGAGCUGAAAUGCAAGGAAGGGGGGGACAGGGUAUGCUAGAGGGAAGAGGAGGUCCUGGGAGGGUCCUCUCUUCUGAGCCUGGUCCCCUUACCCCUGCCCCAUCCCUGCCCCGUGCUGGUGAAGGAUACAUUGGAGCAGGGGGUUCGGGAAGUUCCUUCUCUGAGGCAGCGACUGGUCCAGGGGGUGCCCAGGCCUGCCUUUCUGGGACUUAGGUGGCAACAAGCCCUUCCUCCAGUGUGGCCCCCCACCCUCCUUUGGUGCUAACAGCUCUCCACCAGGUGGUGUGAGGGCGGGCGUGGCCAGAAGAGGGGGCGCUGGGUCCCGGCCAGAAGAGCAGCUCCCCUCCAGGCUCCCCACUUUGUGCCUUUAGUAAACACUGCUUUGUA